CGCGCCCACACUCACGCGCACCAACAAUCCAUCAUAAAGUGGGUUGUUUUUCCUCCGCCCAUCUCUUUUCCUCGUCGCUUCUCUCGCUGCAACACCGGGACUCUCAGUUUCUUCUUCAGCUCACCGAGCUUCGUCUGACGGCUGCAGCUCAUCGAUUUCCUUCCUGUUUGAGAAAACAAAACAUCCAAGACUGAAAAGAUGGCCAGCAGAGGAACUGUUAAAGCAAGUCCCAACUUCAACGCCAGUGCAGAUGCCCAGGUGCUGCACAAGGCCAUGAAAGGGCUGGGGACCGAUGAGGACGCCAUCCUGCAGCUGCUGACUGCUCGUAGCAAUGCCCAGAGGCAGGAGAUCAAGACCGCCUACAAGACUCUGUUUGGAAAGGAUCUGAUACAUGACCUGAAGGGAGAGCUGGGUGGGAAAUUCGAGACUUUGAUUGUGGCUCUUAUGACUCCCCCGCUUGCUUAUGACGUGUCGUCGCUUCACCAUGCCAUCAAGAGUACGACCACGACCUGGAGAAGGAUGUAUGUGGCGACACUUCAGGCCACUUCCAGAGGCUUUUGGUUAUUCUGCUUCAGGGAAACAGGCAGACAGGAAUCCAGGAGGGAAACGUUGAGAGUGACGCUCAGGGAGAUACUAAUGGGGACUACAGAAAGGCUUUACUGUUGCUCUGUGGUGGAGACGACGCAUAAACACGACAACUAUCGACAUCAGGAAGACAUCUGAAGUGCCUCCUUUAUAUCAAUUAAUGUUAUUAUUCUAGAGAAACCACAUCAGGUUCUUUUUAAACUAUGACUUUUGAAAGGUAGCUAACAUUUUAAAUGUAGCUUUUGGUCCAUUAAUAACCUCUCGCUAUGUGUUUUAUAUCAAUCUACCAUUUGUUUUGUUUGCACUUUGUAUGGCAGAACCAGUAAAUGAAAUAUUAAAUGUUUUGGUUAAUGAAGGUCA